AGCAAGUAAAAGUUGAAUUUGUUUGCUUAUUGGCCGUUAAUAUCUGAUCCCCUCCGCUCUAUCCGAAUCAACCUCUUUCCCUCCAUAAACCUCUCCGCGCCCCGGCGAUGCCAUCCAUGGCGUCCUCCGCCUCUUCCUCCUCUUUCUCUUCCGUCGCCGCCAUUCGCCACCCCCAAUUUCUCCCUGCCAAGACCGCCUCCCCUCCCAAACCACUCACUCAUCCAUUCCCCGCGCGGCGUCCACCCCGCGCGCAGCUCGUCGGCGCCGCGUCCACCCCCCGCACGUCGCAGGCCGAGCUCCGUCCGGACUCCAAGAACGCCUCCGCGCUGUCCGCCGAGCUCCGCCGCCUCGCGCGCGCGGGGCGGCUCCCGUCCGCGCUCGCCCUCCUCGACCACCUCUCCCACCGUGGCGUGCCAGCCACCGCCUCCGCCUUUGCCGCGCUCCUCUCGGCCUGCCGCUCCCUCCCGCACGCGCGCCAGGUCCAUGCGCACCUCCGCGUCCAUGGUCUGGACACUAACGAGUUCCUACUCGCCCGGCUCGUCGAGCUCUACCUCUCGCUCGGCGCCGCCGACGAUGCGCGCGGGGUGCUCGACGCGAUGCCGCAGCGUGGAGCGACCGCCUACUCGUGGAACGCGCUCCUGCAUGGCCACGUUCGCCGUGGCCGCGGCGAGGCAGCGGGCCCUGUCGCUGACGCGUUCGCGGAGAUGCGCGCUGCAGGGGCCGAUGCCAACGAGUACACCUACGGCUGUGUGCUCAAGUCCAUCUCCGGGAGCGCCAGGCCGUCGAUGGCCAUGGCAACCGCCACGCACGCGACGCUCAUCAAGAACGCGUUCGCUGGCGCGCCGGGGAUGCUGAUGACUGGGCUAAUGGAUGUCUACUUCAAGUGCGGGAAAGUGAAGCUUGCUGUUAGGGUGUUCGAGGAAAUGACUGAGAGGGAUGUCGUCGCAUGGGGGGCGGCCAUUGCUGGAUUCGCGCACAAGGGGAUGAAGAGAGAGGCGCUGGAGCAUUUCCGGUGGAUGGUAGAGGACGGGGUCAAGGUCAACUGCGUGGUGCUCACGUCAAUUGUGCCGGUCAUCGGAGAGCUGCGGGCGCAGAACUUGGGUAGAGAAAUUCAUGGAUUUGUGGUGAAGAAGUUUGGAGAUCGUAAAGAUGUUGCAAAGGUCUAUGCAGGGUUGGUUGACAUGUACUGCAAGUGUGGCGAUAUGAUCUCAGGUAGGCGAGUGUUCUAUACCAGCAAGAACAGAAAUGCUGUGUCGUGGACAGCUUUGAUGUCUGGGUAUGCAUCCAAUGGCAGGCCAGACCAGGCACUGUGGUGCAUAGCUUGGAUGCAGCAAGAAGGAAUCAGGCCAGACCUCAUUGCUGUGGGGACUGUCCUCCCAGUUUGCACAAAGUUGAAAGUAUUGAGGGAGGGGAAGCAGCUCCAUGCAUAUGCUUUAAGGAAGUGGUUCCUGCCCAAUGUCUCCUUGUGCACAUCACUGAUCACCAUGUAUGGUUCCUGUGAUCGCUUGGAAUACUGUCACCGGGUGUUCCGUGAUAUGGACAAGAAGACUGUACAAGCUUGGACUGCAUUGGUUGAUGCCUAUCUCAAGAAUGGAAACCCAUUGACUGCUGUUGAUUUGUUCAGAUCGAUGCUGCUGACAAACCGUAGGCCAGAUACUGUUGCCAUUACGAGGAUGUUGAGUGCCUGCUGUGAUAUUGGGGCAUUAAAACUUGGCAAGGAAGUGCAUGGUCAGGUGCUAAAGUUGCGGAUGGAACCUCUCCCUUUAGUGGCAGCAGAACUAGUAAACAUGUACGGAACGUGCGGAGACCUCAAGGCAGCACAGAGGGUUUUUAAUCGAACUGAGUCCAAGGGAUCCCUGACUUGCACUUCAAUAAUAGAAGCUUAUGCAAUCAAUCAGAAGCACAAGGAGGCACUGGAUCUUUUUGCUUGGAUGCUGUCAAAUAAAUUUGUUCCUACCAAGGCUACUUUCGACGUGGUUAUGAGAAUCUGCAAUGCUGCAGGGUUACAUGAUGAAGCCCUUCAAAUUUUUAACUCCAUGGUGCAGGAAUACAACCUGGAAGCAUCUCAAGAGAAUUUUGACUGCAUCAUCCACCUUCUUGUUGGUGCCGGUAGGAUUUCGGAAGCACAGCGGUUUUCUGACCUGAAAUCUACUCUGUUUAAUUUACCAACUCCAGUUUUGGACUCUGAACAGCAGUGAUUUUGUGCAGGUUCUUUACCUUUUACCUCCUACCAAUAUGUUUUUUAUGAUUUUUCAAAGUGAUACGGAUACUCCUUUUCAUAGUUGUAAACCUACUGCAAAGCAACAUUCUUUCUGACCGACUGGCAAUUACAUCACUUCUUGAGUGUGUAAUUUAACAUUCAUCAUACUGUACUAGCAAGAAAUAAUAUUGUUGGCAUUAUUCUCUCAGCAACAACAUGAUUUGCAUAACAAUGAAAUAUGAAUUUCAUUUAGUUUGUUGUUAUUAUUAUCAUUAUGAAUUAUUUGCUUAUAUAUUACACUGUGUUUAGAGUCUUAUUUAAUAUGCUACAAGCAAUUAACUUCCCCUCUGCAGCACUCAGUGAGCCAUGACAAUUUAUAAAUUAUUUUUUAUCACCUUUAGUUUUGUGAAGAUUGAAAAGAUAUUCCAUUACCAACUAGUCCACUACCCUCAACCAAAUUGUUGGAGGCUUGGAUAUAGACAAAGUUUGGCUGCUGACCCUACCAAAGCAUGGGAUCAAGUGAUGAAACACUGGUGCCAAAGGUUGAUUACCAGCUACUCAAUCACAGGACCUUGACAUGUGAGAAAAACAAUAUGACAAGCUUUUGCACUCCUUCAUAUGCAUAUCUAUCUUAGAUAGAUCAAUUUCUGAUAUCUGAUGUCCAUUCACGACAUACGGAUAUAUAAGGUGUCACCCUCCAGAAUAACAUGCUUCAUGCUGAGGACUGCUACCUACCUUGAAGCUUGAAGAUGCAAUAUCAGCAUGGUGAGCAUUAUAUGAUUGGGCGCAUCUCCCAGUACCCCUGCUAUCGCCUGUCCUUCCAUGACUCUGGUAACAAAGCCCAAGACACCACUAUGUGAUGAGGGGCUUAAAGCUCCAUUACAAUUAUUCUUCAAUAAAGGAGCAUUUAAUAUCAGCCAUCUUUUACAAACUGGACUUCCCAAGCGUGAGAUAUUAGUAUUUAAGUUUAACGCUUCAUAAUGAUAUACAACCAAGCUCCAAGAUGCAUAUUUGCUCUGUGAUCUGUUUGUUUUCCCUCCAUUUGAUUUAUUUAUUGCAUGGCAGUAUGACACCGUUUCCACAUCCACAUGGAUCUUUAUUCUGAAGCACAUAGGACAGCAUUUAUCCGGCUUCACACCCCAGCAAGCUAUCUUCCAUCUUAGUGGUAAAUGUUAUGUGUUGUGUGCAAACCUCCAAAAAAUGCCUUUACUUUGUUUGAAAUUUGCACUUUCCAAAUCCCGAAACCAUGGGAAACUUGCAGUACUUAUGUACUGCCGCCCUGCCGCUCUAGGAAGAAACAUCUCUUCCAGAUUUCUUAAACACAAGGCAUUUCAUCUCGUGUUGGUAUAGUCAGAACCAUUUCAGCAUCUUUCACGAAAGAUAUCCUUCCCAAAUCGCUCAUCCUAUUCGGGUCAAUUAAUUCAGAUCCCUUCUGGCCAAGCACUUGACCUCCAAAAGAAAAAAAAAACACCUCCUUAUAUCUAUGGAUAAUUCCAAUAUUAUGUAGAUCUUUCUGUAAUAUGAUAAUAAAUUAAAUAACUAUGCAUGCUUUUUUUUGUCCAUGAUAGUGGCAUGGAAGAAAAGAAACUGCAUAACUGAUAACUAUUUUUAGAUAAUAAAUAUAACCAUUAACUAAUUUUAGCCAUCAGAAACCCUCUCAUCCAUUCCUUUCCAGAUGGUCGUUAGUAACUUCUAAUGGUUCGCUUCUUUUCUCUUUGAUUUUUUUUUCCACAUUUUAUCACAUGUAUUUCUCUAGAACAAAGAAAGAAGAGAAAUGAAAGGAUUUUUACAAAAUCUAUCUUACUUGGAAUCUGUCUUCUAUCUUGAAUUCAAUUUUAUUAUCUGUUGUUAUUUUUUGCAAUCACCCCUCUCUGUCCAAGUUCUGAAAUGAGGAGUGAAUGCCAUAAUGUUUUCUUGAAGAGGAAGAACGUAUCGAUACCAGUUUUUUGGUUCUUGUUGCUGGCAUGUUCCCUCACACCAAGCUGAAUUUUUUAUCGUACAUGGCUUUUGUCUUUUGCUUAUGAUGACACGUCCAACAAACUGUCCAUAGGGUCAGAGCUCUGCUUUUUCCCAGAGGUGAGUUUCUAUAACGUUUGGUGCUUCGUAUUUACUCAAGUAAGUUUUAAAGAAUUCAUGUGCAGUUAAUUUUUGGUAUACUGGUCGGAUUCGUACAAAUUUAUGUAAAUUGAUUAGCUGCCAUCCUUGAAACUAUUACCUUAAGGUUCAAUUUGUGUUUCGCAUUUCAGUUUCUCUCCAAUCCAGGUCAAUUCAUCUUUCCCCGUAAAAAAGAAAAGGCUUCCAUGUUUUUUCUGCCCAGAAAGAAACAUUUAGUUUGUUUCUUAAUAUUAUCUGAAAAGCAUAGAAAACUCACACUAUGUUGUUUGAAUCAUCGUUUGGAAAAUCAGGCAAUGGUCAUUUAUUGUCAAGUGCAGAGAUUAGCAAGAAAAACUGCAAAAAUUGGUUUCAGUGCGAUUAACUCGUUCAAGAAGAAGGCAUUGCAUCUUAUGGGCUGCCUUUGCUCUAAAGGCGCCAAAGAUGAUAAUGCCACUUCUGGACACAGAACACCAUCAAGGAGAGAUGACUCUACAGUUGCAACAAGUACUGCGGUGCUGAAUGGAAAGUUCAAAGAAAAUACAUUCAACUCCAGCACAUUCGAUUCAACGAAGGUGGUAGCUUUAGAUGCUAGGAUCAGCAGUGGUAACAAUGCUGACCUUAAAGGGCUCUCAGGUGAGCAUGUAGUUGCUGGUUGGCCAGCUUGGCUCAUCAAUGUGGCACCUAAAGCAGUAGAAGGAUGGUUGCCUCGGCGAGCAGAUUCAUUUGAGAAAUUGGCCAAGAUUGGUCAAGGAACUUAUAGUAUCGUGUAUAAAGCUCGGGAUGUCGAAUCAGGGAAAAUUGUCGCACUUAAAAAGGUGCGGUUUUUCAAUAUGGACCCCGAAAGUGUGCGCUUCAUGGCUAGAGAAAUUCAUAUUCUUCGGAAACUGGAUCAUCCAAAUGUCAUAAAGCUUGAAGGGAUUAUAACAUCUCGUGUUUCACAGAGCCUCUAUCUUGUUUUCGAGUAUAUGGAACACGACCUUGCUGGUCUUGUUGCAACUCCAGGCCUCAAGCUCACUGAGCCACAGAUAAAGUGCUUCGUUCAGCAGCUGCUACAUGGCCUUGAUCAUUGCCACAAAAAUGGGGUUCUGCAUCGAGACAUCAAAGGCUCAAACCUGUUAAUUGAUGGCAAUGGAAUGCUGAAGAUUGGAGAUUUUGGCCUGGCCAUAUCCUACGAUCCCAACAAUCCACAACCGCUGACAAGCCGUGUUGUGACAUUAUGGUACAGACCACCAGAGCUUUUGCUUGGUGCCGCGGAGUAUGGUGCUGCUGUGGAUAUGUGGAGUACAGGGUGCAUUUUGGCAGAACUGUUUGCUGGCAAACCUAUCAUGCCGGGAAGAACCGAGGUGGAGCAAAUUCACAAGAUCUUUAAGCUAUGUGGGUCACCACCCGAGUAUUAUUGCAAGAAAUCAAAGGUGCCAGAAACAGCAAUGUUCAAGCCUCAGCAGCAAUAUGGGCGGUGUGUUGCUGAGACCUUCAAAGAUUUUCCCCCUCCAGCUGUAGUUCUCAUAGAUUCCUUGCUUUCACUAGAGCCAGAAGUUCGUGGAACAGCUGCCUCAGCUCUUCAAAGUGAUUUUUUCAGAACCAAACCACUUGCUUGCGAUCCUUCAAGCCUACCGAAACUUCCACCAAGCAAAGAGUAUGAUGUUAGACUCAGGCAAGAAGAGGCGAGGAGGCAAAGAAACGCAGAGCUUGGUGGACGAGGAGCUGAAUCUGUUAAACCCGGAAAUGAGAAUCAUGUAACCAGUCGCGCCAUUGAUAUUGCCGCUCAAGUGAAGCAACCCACACAUAAUACUUCAAAGAGCACGUGUGAGAAGUUUAACACAGAGGACAGUGUGCCAGGGUUCCGGGUGGAGCCACGGGCAUUGCCAACCUCAGUGCAGGUUCCUGAAUGUGGAUCAACAUGGAACAUGAGGGGUUACGCCGAUCACCAUGCAGUUCCUGGUCGUGUUUGCAGCUCUGUUCGUGUCGCCAGGAAGAAAGGACAAUCGCAUUCAAAUCUACCACAGUAUGAUGCAACAGAUUUGAAGAAUGGUAUUGAGGUUACCGAUCAUAACCAGCCAGCUGAUAGGCCUGCUUCUUCUCAAAAGAAGGACCUACAGGAGAACCAUGGAAGGAAGUACAAAAGGAUACACUACUCCGGGCCAUUGAUGCCACCAGGAGGAAACAUUGACGACAUGCUGAAGGAGCACGAGAGGCACAUUCAAGAAGCGGUGCGCAAGGCACGCCUUAGCAAGGGGAGCAGAUAGCUAGGAGAACAUAGAGCAGCUGGAGGUCCUAGGAGAAAUGAACAAGGGUUCAAUGGUGCUGCUGGCGCUUUCAACACUUAGAAAUUAGAAUUCAUGCACAGCACUUUUCAGCGAGCUGCCAUGUUAAGCUGCUGCAAGAGUCCUUGCAUCGGAAGGCGAUAUUGCUCGAUACCAUCGCAAAGAUCAGUAAGUUGGGAGCAUCAUACUACAAAGAGAAUGAGUGGAUUACAUCGCAAAUAUCAUUUAGUUCUCAGGUAAAGAAAUGAGCAAGGGGGUUUGCAGAGCCUGGGUGAAUACAGAGGUUUUUCAUCUUCGUUCUGUUUAGAGAAUGAGCACCCAAAUGUAGGCUUUUUUUUUGUAAAGUUUUGUUUUAGUUGUAAUGUUGUCAUCGUAAAGUUCUUCAUCCCUUUUUCUGACAAAACUCUGGAGUAUGAAACAUAUGAGUUGAAUUUGAAGCUCCAAACGAACAGUUUCAUGUUUCUUUAA